CACGCCCCCCUGAUUGGACGGGCUCGCCAGCUCCCGCUGCCAGCGCCUGUGAGCCGCGGGGAUCGGGGUUCGGCGGUGGGAUCGGGGCUCGGCCGGGUCGCCUCCCACUUUGUGGCCUGUCAGUUCUCACUUCCGUUUGAGAGUAUCCAUGCUUCACCAUGUUGAGAGCUAAGAGUCAGCUUUUUUUGUUAUCACCCCAUCACCUGAAGCAAUUAAAAGAUACAUCAGUCUCCAGAUGGAAUCGGCUCCUACACCAGCAGCAGCCCAUCCACCCAGAAUGGGCUGUAUUGGCCAAAAAGCAACUGAAAGGCAAAAACCCAGAGGACCUAAUAUGGCACACGCCAGAAGGGAUCGCUAUAAAGCCCUUAUAUUCCAGGGCAGAUACUAGGGACUUACCUGAAGAAUUUCCAGGAAUGAAGCCCUUCACUCGUGGGCCAUAUCCCACCAUGUAUACCUUUAGACCCUGGACCAUCCGUCAGUAUGCAGGCUUUAGUACUGUGGAAGAAAGCAAUAAAUUCUAUAAGGACAAUAUUAAGGCUGGUCAACAGGGAUUGUCCGUUGCUUUUGACCUGGCAACACAUCGUGGUUAUGAUUCAGACAACCCUCGAGUUCGCGGAGAUGUUGGAAUGGCCGGAGUUGCAAUCGACACUGUAGAAGACACCAAAAUCCUUUUUGAUGGCAUUCCUUUAGAAAGAAUGUCCGUUUCCAUGACCAUGAACGGAGCAGUUAUCCCAGUCCUAGCAAUGUUUAUAGUAACUGGGGAAGAGCAAAGCGUGCCAAAAGAGAAGCUCACAGGCACAAUUCAGAAUGACAUCCUAAAGGAGUUUAUGGUCAGAAAUACUUACAUUUUCCCCCCAGAACCGUCCAUGAAAAUUAUUGCUGACAUUUUCCAAUACACAGCAGAGCACAUGCCAAAAUUUAAUUCCAUUUCGAUUAGUGGGUACCAUAUGCAGGAAGCAGGAGCUGAUGCCAUUCUAGAACUGGCCUAUACCCUCGCAGAUGGGGUGGAGUACUGCAGAACUGGACUCCAGGCUGGACUCUCAAUUGAUGAGUUUGCACCAAGGUUGUCUUUCUUUUGGGGAAUUGGGAUGAACUUCUACAUGGAAAUAGCGAAAAUGCGAGCUGGGAGAAGACUUUGGGCUCACUUAGUAGAAAAGAUGUUCCAUGCUAAAAACCCCAAAUCUCUUCUUCUGCGGACACAUUGCCAGACAUCAGGGUGGUCACUUACUGAGCAGGAUCCCUACAAUAACAUUGUCCGCACUGCCAUCGAAGCAAUGGCGGCUGUGUUUGGAGGGACACAGUCUUUGCAUACGAAUUCUUUUGAUGAAGCUCUAGGCUUGCCAACUGUGAAAAGUGCUCGCAUUGCCCGAAACACGCAAAUCAUCAUUCAAGAAGAAUCUGGGAUCCCCAAAGUGGCUGAUCCUUGGGGAGGAUCAUACAUGAUGGAAUCACUCACAAAUGAUGUUUAUGAAGCUGCUCUGAAGCUCAUAAAUGAAAUUGAAGAAAUGGGUGGGAUGGCCAAAGCUGUAGCUGAAGGAAUACCUAAACUUCGCAUUGAAGAAUGCGCUGCCCGAAGACAAGCUAGAAUAGAUUCUGGUUCUGAAGUAAUUGUUGGAGUAAAUAAGUAUCAGUUGGAAAAAGAAGACACUGUAGAAGUUCUGGCCAUUGACAAUACUUCAGUGCGUAACAAGCAGAUUGAAAAACUUAAGAAGAUCAAAUCGAGCAGGGAUCCAGCUUUGGCUGAGCGGUGUCUCCAGGCACUUACCCAGUGUGCUGCCAGUGGAGACGGCAACAUUUUGGCUCUUGCUGUGGAUGCAGCUCGUGCAAGAUGUACAGUUGGAGAAAUCACAGAUGCUUUGAAAAAGGUUUUUGGUGAGCAUAAAGCUAAUGAUCGUAUGGUGAGUGGAGCUUAUCGGCAGGAGUUCGGAGAAAGUAAAGAGAUCACAUAUGCCAUCAAGAGAGUUGAUCAAUUCAUGGAACGUGAAGGUCGCAGACCUCGUCUUCUUGUGGCAAAAAUGGGACAAGAUGGCCAUGACAGAGGAGCCAAGGUUAUUGCUACAGGAUUUGCUGAUCUUGGUUUUGAUGUGGACAUAGGCCCUCUUUUUCAGACCCCUCAUGAAGUGGCUCAGCAGGCUGUGGACGCAGACGUGCAUGCGGUGGGCAUCAGCACACUUGCUGCUGGCCACAAAACCCUGGUACCUGAGCUCAUCAAAGAACUCAUUGUCCUGGGACGGCCAGAUAUCCUGGUCAUGUGUGGCGGUGUGAUUCCUCCACAGGUCCUAGCUGCCUUGACCACCUGAACUCUGAUCUCAUCUCCUUGGCUCAAUGAGACUGACACACUCUGUUUAUGUUUAAUUUCCUGUAUGGUAUGAGUUGAAAACUGCCUUCAAGCAGUAGAGUAGGACCCUCAAAAAGGUAAUGGCAAUAGCAAUACUAAACAGUAUACAAAAAUAAAGUUGGAUGCUUUCCUUGUACCAUUUAUAAAAUGUAACCCAAAUUAGACCAAAUAUAAAAAUAAGAUCAAACAAGGGACUGAACUUGACAGUAAUUUGUUGAAUGUGAUAUCAAAAGCACAAGCAAUAUCAGGGAAAAUGGAAUAUUUUGACAUCAUAAAAAUUAAAAAUUUGUUUAUUUCUGCUCUGAACCAGUAGUUGUUCAGUAGGGAGUUUGUAGGCUUUCUGUUGUUGUUGAAAUCCACCUUUAGUCUGUGGUGAUCUGAUAGGAUACAGGGGUUAUUUCAAUUUUCUUGUAUCUAUUGAGACUUCCUGGGAGGCCUGCUCUUGGAGGGGAAGUGUGUGUGUGUGGGAUGGUUCCGGAGGGGAGGGGAAAUAGGAGGAGAAGAGGGAGGGGAAACUGCAGUUGUGAUGUAAUAUAUGAGAGAAGAAUAAAAAUAAAAAUUAAUAACUUGUGCCUCGAAGUACAUUAUCUACACAAGAAAUGUGCAGCUGUAUAAGAUAUUAUGGUAGUGUGUCUUUAUAAAUGGCUGUUCUCCAUGAUAUAUCAAUAGUUUCCAGCCUAACAAAGCAUAAGAGUAAAUAUUCCAAUUGUAGGCAAAGGAGUGGAUCGAUGGCCAAGAGGAAGGCACUUGUUGCUCUUGCAGAGGUACUGGAUUCUGUUUCCAGCGCCCAAAUGGCAGCUCACAGCUGUAUCUCAGUUCCAGUGGUUGUGUUGUCUCUUCUGGCCUCUGCAGGCAGCAGGCAUGCACAUGGCACACAUACCUAUUAUGCAGGCAAAACACAUACACAUGAAAUAAAAAUAAAUUAAAAAAAAGUGGAUAGAAUUUGAGAGAGAGUGGAGAUGGGGUGUGGACCUAGAUGGGGUUGUGAAUGGCCUCAAAAUACAUUGUAUGCAUGUAUGUAAUUCUCACAGAAUUAAUGAAAAUAUUUUUUAAAGUGGGCAAAGGACCUAAAUAGACAUUUCUCCAAAUAAAUUCUGUAGCUGCCCAAAGCACAGGAGAAGAUAUUCACCAUCACUACUUCCCAGUCUUUAAGUAAAUGCAAAUCAACGCCAAGCGGCAUUUCAUUUCACUCCUGUACGAAUGUCUAUUCCAUAGUCUAAAAUAAGGAAAUGAACAAAAGGCUAGGAUAGGGGCGGCGGGGGUGGGAACUGGGCACCUUGUCCAUUUCCUGAAAUUUACUGUGGUUCAUCUAUUGUGGAAAAGAGUUAAGUCCUGCAGAGAACUAAACAUGAUUACCGUAUGGUUGAGUAGUUCCGUUUCUAGGUAUGUAGGUUUGUUUUUGUCUUUUCAUCUUUUAGAAAGGUGAGUGCAGGGAUUCAAACACAUUUAUGCAGCAGUUGUCAGGUACUGACUGUCGCCUCAGUCUGUAUCUUGAAUACUGAAAUGUGACGGUGUUUGUAGGUUAGAUAAGGGAAUCAUUGCCCAGUCUUUAUAAUGGAAUGCAUGUCUUGUUAAGAGGCCACAGACCCUGGUCCCUGUCCCCACUACAGUAAGAAAAUGGUAGCUGUCCUCAACAUGCCCCUUGACAAAGCCUGACGUGUUCAUCUUUUACUUCACCAAUUUUUUGUUUUGUUUUGUUUGGUUUGAGACAGGGUUUCUCUGUGUAACAGCUGCCUCUGCCUCCCGAGUGCUGGAAUUAAAGGCUUGUGCCAGCACUACCCAGCAACUUCACUACUUCCAAAACUGAAAAUUAAACAUCGUUUCUAGGCUAUUGAGUCUACAGGACUUUAUUAUUUUUUUUUUGUCAAUCUGACUGAUAGACACUAUGUUCACAGUGGCAUUAUUUAUAAAGGUCAAAAGGCAGAGGCAAUCCCAGUAUCUGUCUACUGACAAAAUGUGGCAUCUAUUUACAUUGAAAUAUCCACUGAAAAUAGGAAAACAAUGUUGGGGACUAUUAUUUUAAGGUGUGUUACUUUUGUUUAUGUUGCAUUUGUUUAACUCUGCAAAGCUUUGUUAGACCACUGAUGGUCUAAUAAAGGACUGAACAGCCAAUAGCAAGGCAGGAGAAAGGAUAGGUGGGGCUGGUAGGCAGAGAGAAUAUAUAGAAGGAGAAAUCUGGGAAGAAAAAAGAAACAGCCAGAGAAGGAAGAGGACUCCAGGGGCCAGCCACCCAGCUACACAACAAGCCACAGAGUAAGAGUAAAAUUUACAGAAGUAAGAGAACAGGAAAAGUCGAGAGGCAAAAGGUAGAUGGGAUUAUUUAAGUUAAGGAAGCCUGGCUAGAAACAAGUCAAGGUAAGGCUGGGCAUUUAUAAUUAAGAAUAAGCCUCCAUGUGUGAUUUAUUUAGGAGCUUGGUGGUGGACCCCCUAAAAGAGCAAAAAAAACAGACAACACCACCUGAGUAUGAGUUUCUCAGCAUCCCAGGUGUGAUUCAUUGUGAUUUUAAAGUUCUCUUAAUACAUUUAUAUAUGUAUACACACACAUAUAUACAAGCAUACAUACACACAUAUACACAAACAUACACACCCACAUAUAUAUACUUUUAUAUAUAUAUAUAUAUAUACAAGCAUAUAUACAUAAAUAUAUAUACACACACAAGUAUAUGUACACACAUAUAUACAAGCAUACAUACACAUAUAUACACAAACAUACACACCCACAUAUAUAUAUACUUUUAUAUAUAUAUAUAUACAAGCAUAUAUACAUAAAUAUAUAUACACACACAAGUAUAUGUACACACAUAUAUACAAGCAUACAUACACAUAUAUACACAAACAUACACACCCACAUAUAUAUAUACUUUUAUAUAUAUAUAUACAAGCAUAUAUACAUAAAUAUAUAUACACACACAAGUAUAUGUACACACAUAUAUACAAGCAUACAUACACAUAUAUACACAAACAUACACACCCACAUAUAUAUACUUAUAUAUAAUAUACAAGCAUAUAUACAUAAAUAUAUAUACACACACAAGUAUAUGUACACACAUAUACUCAAGUAUAUGUACACACAUAUACACACACAAAUAUAUACACAGCAUAUAUACAUGCACAGAUAUAUACACAAGCAUGCAUACAUGCACAAAUGUAUACACAUUUAUAUAUACAAACACACACACACACAUGCACGUACAAACCCGUACACAUACAUAUUCACCCCCUUGCUUCUGUUUUUCUGCAAACCUGACUAAAACUAAUUGGUACCCUGUUUUCUUAAUAGUUCUUUGUUGUUUUUCUUUGGUUCUCAUAUCUACCCUCUCUUUUUUCCUUGCUGACCUGUAGGUGGCGCUCUAAGCUCAGGAUUACUCGUAUUUCCCUGCUUGACAUGAUACUCAGUUUUAAAAUCCUUGGCCCAUAGGCACUUACAGAAAAAGCAUGUCUGUUUAAUAAUCCAUUUAGGCAUUCUUGAUGUCAUCAUUUGGAGCAUGUUCUGUUGGUAAUUGCUUAUGAACAGUUCUGCACAUGGUUGCUGAGGUGGUCAGUUUAUUAGCACUGUAACUAAGACAAAAUUAAUGUUGAAUUUUGUUGAGUAAAUCCAUCUUUGAUUCACAUUGACUCAUUUUAAGUUACAAAUUUUUCCUGACCUGUAUUGUCAUUUCAAAUUUCUUACUGUGCUGACCUCUUACUAUUCACCAUGAGACCAAGCUAUGAACUAGAGUCUGUUUUGCAUGUUAAACAUAAUAAAUAAUUACGUGCAAAUACUUAAAAAGAGAAGUGCAGAAAUCAAUAAUUUGUUUCAGAACAAUUCUGUGUAUUAUUCUGAAAUCAGAUGCAAAUGGUUUUCAUUGUAAUGUGUUUUUGCUUUGAUUAGUAUUUGUUAAAUCAUAAUAUAUUACUACUUUGGAGAAUAAAGCUAUGUAAGGAUUGUC